UCCCGCGGUUGCUCCCGCUCGGCUCGGCCCCGACUUCCUGCCGGGCGCUGGGAAGGCGCGCGCGGGCCGGGGUCCCCGGGGGCCGUGCUCGCAGCUGGCCGCGCCCCGGCCGCCAAGGGGCUGGCGGUGGGCGGGAGCGGCCGGCAGCCUCGGCCCCUUCCCGCAGCGACUUUCAAACUCGCGCCCGCGUUGCGGCGGCACCUGGGUGGCUUCGCGCGCCUUGCGUCCCGGACCCGGCGGGGCGGCCACUGCUCGAACCUCCCUGGAGCGCCCCUGCCAGGCAGCGAUGCCAGGAUGCCCGUCUCUGCCUCCCUCCACCAAAAGGGCAGCCAGGAGCGGCCCGUGAGCCUGACCUCCACCACCUCGUCAUCGGGCUCCUCCUGUGACAGCCGCGGGGCCAUGGAGGAGCCCAGCGGCUCCGAGGCUUCGGCCGAGAACGGGGCGGGCUCCCCUCGCGGCCGGCAUCUCCCCAACAGCAGCAACAACUCCAGCGGCUGGCGGAGCGUGAGGGGGUCACUGUCCCCCUUCAACAGCCGGGCGUCGGGGGCGCCUGUGCACAAGCUCAGCUACUUGGGCCGUGUGGUGAGGGAAAUUGUGGAGACGGAGCGCACGUACGUGCAAGACCUGCGCAGCAUUGUGGAGGACUACCUCUUGAAGAUCAUUGACACGCAGGGGCUGCUGAACCCGGAGCAAGUCAGCGCCCUCUUUGGGAACAUAGAAAGCAUCUAUGCACUGAACAGCCAGCUGCUCAGAGACCUGGACAGCUGCAAUAGUGACCCCGUGGCUGUGGCCAGCUGCUUUGUGGAAAGGAGCCAAGAGUUUGAUAUCUACACCCAGUAUUGCAACAACUACCCUAACUCAGUGGCCGCCCUGACCGAGUGCAUGCAGGACAAGCAGCAGGCCAAGUUCUUCCGGGACCGGCAGGAGCUGCUGCAGCACUCGCUGCCCUUGGGCUCCUACCUCCUGAAGCCGGUCCAGCGCAUCCUCAAGUAUCACCUGCUACUCCAGGAAAUCGCUAAACAUUUUGAUGAGGAAGAGGAUGGCUUUGAGGUGGUGGAGGAUGCCAUUGACACCAUGACCUGCGUGGCCUGGUACAUCAACGACAUGAAGAGGAGGCAUGAGCACGCAGUCCGGCUCCAGGAGAUUCAGUCUCUACUCAUCAACUGGAAGGGGCCAGACUUGACCACCUACGGGGAGCUCGUCCUGGAGGGCACGUUCCGCGUGCACCGUGUGCGCAGCGAGAAGACCUUCUUCCUCUUUGACAAAGCACUGCUCAUCACCAAGAAGCGGGGAGAUCACUUUGUCUACAAGGGUCACAUCCCGUGCUCCUCCCUCAUGCUGAUUGAAAGCACCAGAGAAUCCCUGUGCUUCACCGUCACCCACUACAAGCACAGCAAGCAGCAGUACAACCUCCAGGCCAAAACAGUGGAGGAGAAACGGAGCUGGACUCACCACAUCAAGAGGCUCAUCCUGGAGAACCACCACACCACCAUCCCCCAGAAGGCCAAAGAAGCCAUCUUGGAAAUGGAUUCCUAUUAUCCCAAUCGGUACCGCCACAGCCCAGAGCGCCUGAAGAAGGCCUCCCAGGAUGAAGUGUCCACCCAUGUGCACCAGGGGCGCCGGCAGUCGGAGCCUGGUCAGCCCCUGUACAGCCGGGCAACACUCCCGAGCAGGCAGCGAGGCUUCGUGGUGCCAGGCCUUAAGGGCCGUAGAAAGUCGGAGCCAUCCAGACAUCUGCUCAGGCAACUCAGCGACAAAGCCGGAGCAGCCGGAAUGCAGCAUGCAGGUAGUGUUGGCACGCUCCUGGACUUUGGACAGCCCCCCUGCGCUCGGGGCCGGCAGUCGGAGGCUGAAGGGGCUGCCCAGGAGGAGCAGGAGGAGGAGGAGGAGGAGGUGGUGGAGGAGGAGGAGGAGGAGCAGGCCUUUCAGGUCUCCCUGGAGGACCUGGCAGGGCUUGAAGGCAGCGAGAAGGGGGCCAGGCCAGAGCCCCCAGGCUCGGAGGAGGAGGAGGAGGAGGAGGAGAGCCUGGCAGUGGCGGAGCAGGUAGCCGACUUUGCCAGCUCCCUGCUGGCCGCCCUCCACUGCUGGCACUAUCGGGCCAACGCUUUACUUUUCUCCCGGGGCGCUAUGGGGAAGGGGCACAGGGAGUCUGAAGACCCCAAGAGCUGCAGGAGGCCCAGCAGCCGAUCUCCAACCGCUGCCGAGACGUGCCUGAGCUUUGAGUCCGUGUCUUCCCUGCCGGAGGUUGAGCCAGACACUGAGUCUGGGACAGAGCAGGAGGUGUUUGCUGCCAUGGAAGGUCCCAGCACCGAGGAGACGCCCUCAGACACAGAGGCUCCGGAAGUCCUGGAAAUGCAGCUUGACACCCACCAGCUGCUGCUGGGACCGGACCCCCCGGGUGACGUGGUGGACUUCAUGGUGGUCGAGAGCACCGAGGACCCAAAGGCCCUGAGCAGUGAGGAGGAGGAGGAGGAGAUGGGGGCCGCCCACGAGCCCGAGAGCCUCCUGCCUCCCUCCGUGCUGGACCAGGCCAGCGUCAUCGCCGAGCGGUUCGUCAGCAGCUUCUCCCGGCGGAGCAGCCUGGCGCUGGAGGACGGCAAGUCCAGUGGCUUUGGGAGCCCGCGGCUGACCAGCCGGAGCAGCAGUGUGGUCAGCCUAGAGGACGGCGAGAAGGGCCCGGCCUCGCACGGCAGCACCACAGACUCCCUGGGCGCUCAGCUCCCUCCAGAAGUGGACAUCCGUGUGACAGUGGCCGCAGAGAGUGAACCUUCUGUCAACGGGACGGAGCCCCCAAGCCCAGGCUGCCCAGCGGAGCCAGACAGGUCUUCCUGCACGAAGGAAUCAAAGCUUUCUUCCCGAGACCGGCUGUUGUUGGAAAAAAUCAAGAGCUACUACGAAAAUGCAGAGCACCACGACGCAGGCUUUAGUGUCCGGCGCCGGGAGAGCCUCUCCUUCAUCCCCAAGGGGCUGGUGAGAAACUCAGUCUCCAGAAUCAACAGCCUUCCCAGGCCAGACCCGGGGCCAGCGGCUCCGCUGGGGCAUAAGAGACAGGUGGGCUCGCGGGCAGCCUCGUGGGCCCUCUUGGACCACCCAAGACCAGCGGACCAGCCAAGACCAGGCCAGGCUGGAGCUGGGGACCCAGCUCCUAUCACAGAUGCUGAGUUCCGCCCGUCUUCGGAAAUUGUGAAGCUCUGGGAGGAGAUGGAGUCUCCCAAGGGGAGCCCUCAGAAGGGGCCAGGCCAAGGCCAGGCCAAUGGCUUUGACCUGCAUGAGCCCCUCUUCAUCCUGGAGGAGCACGAGCUGGGGGCCAUCACCGAGGAGUCGGCUGCUGCCUCGCCAGAGAGCGCCUCCCCCACCGAGCCGACCAGCCCGGCCCACCUGGCCCGGGAGCUGAAGGAGCUGGUGAAGGAGCUGAAUAGCGGCGCUCAGGGGGAGCUGGUGACCCCCCUGCACCCCCGCAUCCUGCAGCUCUCCCACGUGAUGGACAGCCACAUGAGCGAGCACGUCAAGAGCAAGGUCUACCAUCUGGCUCGCCAGUACAGCCUCCGGAUCAAGAGCAAGUCGGUGACAGCCAGGCUGCCACUGCAGUGGGAGAAGGUGGCUCCCACCGUCCCCCACCUGCAGGAGGAGACUGGCGUGCCGUCGGGUGGCAGAGGGAUUCAGGCAGCUCGCUGUCUCCUCACAGGUAAGAGGAAGCCGGUGCUCUCUCUCUUCAACCAUGAGCAGUCCCCGGUCCAGGAGCACAGCCCGCCCAAGCCCAACUCUGCCAGGGAGACAUCGCCACGGCGUUUCUCCUUCAGCCCCUCAGCCACCAGCCCGAGGACCACCUCACCUGGGGCCUGGCAUGUCCCCCGAAGCCCCCUCAGCCCCUUCGACACUGAGACCUUCAACUGGCCCGAUGUCCGAGAGCUCUGCUCCAAAUACGCCUCCCAGAACCAGGCGCCCCAGGCCAAGGGCAGCCGGCCCUGCAACCUGCCCGUCAACCGGAGCCGCUCUCUGCCAGAGAACAUGAUGGAGCCGCCGCCGCCGCCGCCGCCGUCGGGCAGGGUGGGCCGCUGCUGCAGCCUGAACGCCAGGAGGGCCCCAGCGGGCCCGGAGGCCGCCCAGCCCCAGUCUGGCGGGGGGUCGCCCCCAAGUGUGCCCGUCAGAGGGGAGGCCCUGUACAUCACCGCAGACCUCACACUAGAGGACAACCGGCGGAUGGUUGUCAUGGAGAAGGGGCCCCUGCUGGGUCCCGACGCGGGACUGGAGGCGGCCAGCGGGCAGGGACCGAGCUCAGCGGCAGCCCAGGCAGGGCAAGGCCAGGAGUUCCAGGAGCGUGCAGAGUAUCGGCCUAAGGAAGAGGGUCCCAGGGACCCGGCGGACCCAAGCCAGCAGGGCAGAGUCAGGAGCCUGAGGCAGAAAUUCCAGGCCUUGAACUCUGAGUCGUGAGGGAGGGAGCAGCCGUGCUGGGGGACGGGGAGGAGCCGUGGCGUCCUCGCCCGCAGCCUGGGCUCUCCCUGCUCCCCCGAGCCCCACCCGGGGCCCUCAGAAAGGCCGCCCCUGGGAGAUGGCCCUGGGGCACCUGGAAGGGUCUUCACCUGCCCUGAACGCGCCGGUGACUUGCCACAGGCCCAGACGAGCCCCCUUGCCCUCUGAGGCCGGUGCGGCCACUUGCCUUGUAUGUAGUUCCUCUCUAGUACGAAGCCAGCUAUUUAAGCUCCUCUCUUCCCAGGGAGAGCGAGCCCUGCUCAGGCUCCCAGCGCUGCCUGGCCACGGCCAGACCAGGCGCCCACCCAGGGGACGCACGGGAAGGUGGCCUGGGGAGGCCUUGCCCCUUAACCGUGCCUUUUCAUAGGACCCCGGCAGGAACGAGCCCAUAAUUUAUUGCUUCCCAUCCUGUGGUAUGUUCGUGUGCUCACGCGCGUGUGUGAGUGUGUCCUGUUGUUGAUUCCCCUCCUGGGGAGAAUGUCGUGGACUCUGUUCAGGUACUUUUGUAGGUUGUCUUGCUGGCCCUGUGGUUGUCGCUAAUGUACACAAGUGUCAUUAUUUGCCAAUGGUGUAAUAACCACUGCUGACCCACCGACCUGUGUGUGGCCUCCUUACUGGGGUCUGGCUGGGUUGCGGGGAGUCGGGUGUGCCCAGGGCUGUCUCAGGGGAGGCGGGACGUGGGCCCGUGGCCUCUGCACGCACUCAUCUGCAGCCGUGCUCACGAAGCCCACGUCCCCAGGUGCUGGCGGGGGAGGCUGGGGCAGCAGGAUGUGUGGCGGCGGACUUGUUCUGCUGCUUUCGCUCCCACGGGCUUCUGUCUGCCCUCAGCCUGGCGUCCUGUCUGGGGCAUAGUCAGAGGGCGCCAUGCCAGCCUUUCGCUCCUCCCCCAGUGCCAGAGUCGGGCUGCAAGGGGCGGGGUAGGGGUGGAACAUUUUUCUAACAGGCAGCUAUUUCCACGUCUGGUGCCUUUUAUUCUUUCCUCCCUUCCUAGUUCCGAGGAGACACCCUAGGGGGCAGUGAUUCUCGACCUGGCGCCUAGAAGCACCUUGCGUGGCUGGCAAUAUUGGGUGAGGGCACAGGUGCAUUUUUUUUCUGGGAUGGAGCCUCAUUCUUCAUCUUGUUCUCAAAAGUGUCCGAUUCGAAAGGGGUUGUGGGAUGCUUCCCUAUUUCUAACCGGCUUUUCUGCCCCUUCUUGGUGGACCAGCCUUGUUUUGCCCUGUUUCUUCUGGCUGGGGCCUGGGAGGAGUGGGUCUGCGGGGCCGGGUGGUAGAGCUGUCUUGCAGGUCUUCUGACCUAGGAGGACGGACUCAGCCUGAAUCUAAUGAGGUCAAGGGACUAUCAGAGGCAAGUGGAGGCCUUUCCAGGGCAGAAGCCGAGCAGGGCUGGCCCAUGUUCUACCAGCUGCCCGGAAUGGUCUGUGGCCACUUGCAUGGUGGCUGAGGAGAGAACUGGCUGCCACCAGGCAAGUGUGUGAUUCUGACAAGUGGCCACACACGGGAGUGAGAGUCAGGAGACCCUGCCCUGCGUUUUAACUGGCCGGGUCACCUAAACUCUUGCUUUUCCCUCCUCUAUAAGCUGAAGGAGAUGGAUGAGUUGUUGAUUCUCAGACUCUCUGCAAGGGGUGAGGCCUGGGGAGUCGUAGCAAACACCUCCCCCAGGUGAUCCUCACACAGCCCACUAGGUUAUACCUGGGAACCCUGGAUCAGCUCUGGUUCUUACUGGCUGCCCGCCGGACUCAUCAGGGGAGGGAACUUUUUGAAAAAUGCCAAUGGCUGGGCUUCAUCCACCCAGACCAAUUGAAACUGUCCCUCUGGAGGUGAACCCCGGGCGUGUGGGUUCUGACAUUUAGAUCUCUGUCCUGAGCUCCAGGGGGAAAGGCCUGCAGCAGGCCCCCCACAGGGCAGAAUGCAUGAAUAGGCGAACCUUUCUCACGGUCUCACGUGAAGCACAGAACUUGGGUGCUGGCAGAGCUGUUCCCAUAAGACUCCAGGGACAAGCCAGAGCCUGGCUUGUCCUGUCGUACCUCUGUCUCCACGGUGGUCCUGUGUUCACAGAUGCUGCCUUGCUCACUCAACCAGUGCUCUGUGGUCCAGUUCAAAGGGUAAUAAGCCAGUCACAUAAGAAAGGGAAUAUGGAGCGUUAUUGAUUUAUUAGAAAAACUAGUAAAUGGGUGUUCUCUGGUUGGUGGAAGCACGUUUGAGCAGGUGGAGGACAAGGCCCAGCCGGCCCCAGGGCCGGCCCCAGCUUGCAUGGUCUGUGCCCGACAGGGCUGCAGGCCUCUGCAGCCGCCUCCUCCCUUGCAUCCUCCCUGAGCUUGCUUGUCCAAGGGGCCGAGCCACGGGGUCCACUGGAUCUCUGCCCCCUCCCACUGAAGGGAGGCGGGAGAUCCAGGGCCAACCUUGGGGACUCUCUUUGCCCUCCGAUAGGCAGGAAAGAGGAGUGGGGUGGAGGGGAAGCCGAGCCUCCCCCAGACCUCCUGUGUGGGUGCUGGUGGGGGAGGAAGCCCGAGGACCCUCCUUACCUCCCUCGGCCAUAGUCAGUUGAGGCCAGGGGACAAAGGGGAAGGAGAGCGGGAAGGAGGACCACCUGACCAUGCCCAGAAGGAGCUUCCUCUAAACUGCCCUGGGGAGGAAGCCUGGUAUGCUGGUGUGGACUGGAGCUGUUUGGGGAUACUGUUAAAGAAAAGACUGCAAAGUAGAAAAUGUAAGGAGGGAAAAAAGAAACCUUGCCAGGGCACCAGGAGCCCCCAUGGGGCACAGAGUCCCAAAGCUGGGUGUCUGCAGUUUCAGUCCCGUCAGCUGAGGGUCUUGGGGCCUGUGAGAUGUGGGGGAGGGGUGCGUGGGGAGCUGGCAGUGGAUGGUGGGUCACAUGCAGCCGGCCGCUGCCCUUGCCCAGUCCGGGGACCCAGGGGUGGUGAAAUCCUGGCUUUUCCUUGAGGCCCUUUCAUUCUUGGGACUUUGAAGCUGCUUGCUGAAAUUCCUCAUUUCAGGUGCUGCUUUGGCACAUGUGGAGGGGAGAGGGUGGCCCCUAGUCUCUUGGCUCCCUAAAGACUGGCCCAUGGGGACAACUGAGGGAGAUUCUUGCCACCAUCUGCACUUCAGCAAGGAACACGCUGUCUGCCCUGGAGCAGGACAUGACCUCAGAUGCACCAGGGGCCUUCUUUAUGGCCAGGUAGGUGUCAUCACCUCACUGCCUCCUGCCUUGGCUUCCCUAGGUGUAGAAAGAGGCUGGUGAGUGGUAUAGAUUAGGUUCCCUGUGGGUGCACAGAGGACCGUAGGGUUAGGUGCACAGAGGCCAGAUGAAGACCCUGGCUCCAGAAGUGGGACCAUAUGUCAGGCUCCAUCCGAGAACUCCCUCCUGUGGUUCUUGUCUGCUGAAACUGCCUUCCCUUGACGUGGUAUUGAUCUUGAGCACUCAGGGCUCCUGGGAAGGCCUCAUAACUCCAGAGGCCCAUGCCUGUGGUUUCUCCCUGAGCCUCGCCCACUUCUGGGGGAUCAUCUCAGUGUGUUUAAGGCUCCUUCCCAUGGGGAAGGUGAUGGAAACAGCCACUGCAGGCCCCAGGGACCUUUCUGGUCUGCCCAGGGGAAACACCUGCUGCCCGCAACUUAACCCCUCUUUUGGACCUAACCCCAGUUAAGAUGCUGGGCUGGAACUGUAUUGCUUUCAGAGUGGCAGAGAAAAUCCCUGUGGAACUAGUGGUCUCUUCCCUCCAGAAGCCUGACCGUAGCAGCUUGGGGAAGGCUAUCUGUGGAGAUAGAAGUUACAGGGCCCCUUUUGGCUGUGCUCAGGAUUGUAGGCUGGAUACCCAUGUGGCCCCCUGACGCGAGGCCAGGACCUUCAGGAGGAGCUAAGCAAGGGUACCUGCCACACCUUAAUGGCUGUGGCCCCAGCAUUUGUGCCAGCCAUUCAGGGUUGUUCCAUGGGUCGUAAUACCCAGGUGUGACCACAUCUGCCACCCCAAGGUGACAGGUGAUGAACUUUGCUGUCGGUCCAGCCAGCCCCCUUAGAUGGGGCCAGCUGCAGACAGGACACAUAGGGUAUUUGGCUUUGGGAUGCUCUGCUCCAGGCACUGGGGAGUCCAUCUUGUAUCUGGGUACCUGCACUGUCUCCCUCAGGGGUCCUGGGUCUGAGUGGGAUAGUGCUGGUUUGGCAGCUACUGGGGGUGCGGGGGGACCCCAGAGUGGAGGGGCAGCACCUCAGGCAGUGUGGAGACCUACCUGACUCCUUCCGGCCUGAGCCCUAAACUCUUAACUGUAGUCUUAAAAGAGGGCCGGCCUGAGCGCUUCCUGGUCCUCCUUAGCGCUGCCUGGGGUGGCAGCAAGGGGUGCUGGAGGCAGUGGGAGCCCCUUUGCCCUUGGGACCCAUCGACCUAGGAGGGUGCCCCCCUCUUUUUGUGGGAGGAGGAGCGAGGAGGGGACGCGGUGGCCCCUGAGGGGAGAGUCCCUGUUCUGAGGAGGCCGUCGUGUCCUCUGAGACCCCAGCAGCCCCUAGCCCAGAGCCACCAGAAGUCUCCUUCCUCAUGCCCUGAGGGGCAGGCUGGGCAUUUGCAGUGUCCUCGUCCCUCUCCCUUUCCCUGGCUGCCACCGAGCGGGAGGUGACCCCAAGAAAGACCUGUUUUGGGCGUGGGCAGCGUCUGAGGAACCCCAUCAGCCUCCUCCAGCUUGUGGGGGAGUGGGGCGGGAGGGGAUGGGGAGAGGAGGGCGUGGGCCUCGAAAACCGUUUCCUGCCCCCAGACCCGGAGGCCUCAGGGCCGCUGGAGCUGGGAGCCCCGUCCCUGGCGCUCGCGGCGCGCGGGGCGCCGGGGCUGCGGGCGGAGGGCGCGGAGGCGGGCGUGGGCCGGGCGGGCGAAGGCAGCUAUUGCAGGGCAGCGGGGCCCGGGGCCCGGCCGGCGACUCGGAGCAGGCAGGCGGCAGGCAGCGGCGGCCGGGCCGUGGGCAGGACGAAGACCCAGCCGAGGCGGGAGGCGCUCGGCCCCGCAUGUCCCCACGCGCUGGCUUCUUCACCCGCGGGGUGCCCGAGAGGCUACUUCUUUUUGGGGAAGAAACUGAAUCUCUUCUCCUUGUCUUUCUUGCCGAGGCUGGCGUCGGGGCCGGUGAUGGAGGGAAGGGGCAGGCUCUGUGCCUUGACGCGGAUGCUCUGGGACUCGUUGAUGGCGCUGCUCACCCCUUGCAGCCAGGACAGCAUCUCCUCCUGCAGGGUGGGAGGGUCAGGGCCCCGCAAAGGAUGGGGUGCCUCUAGGACAACAGCUUCUGAGGGAGCCUUGAGGUCAAGUGGCAUGGGUCCCUUCCACCUGCCCCUUUGUUGGUGGGGGUCUGGGCUGGGCAGCCCUGCACUUACCUCAUCCUUGCCGUGGAAGAGCCACUCACUGCCGUUGCUCAGCCUAGGAGGACAAAGGGUUUCCUGCGUGCCACCUCUGGAUCUGGUCCCCCCAGCCCCCUGAGCUUUCCCAUGACCAGAACCCUGUCAGGCAGCUCGGCACCUUCUGAGAGAGGUAAAAAAUCAGGACCACCAGCCUCCCUGAUUUGAAAAAUCCCUGAGGGGCAACUCAGGCCAGAAGCUGGUCCCACACAGUGGGCCCCUGUCUAGCCACUUAUACCAAAUCAAGCACCAGGGACACAGUGGUUAGGAAUCCGCCUGCCGAUGCAGGGGACACAGGUUCGAUCCCUGGGCCAGGAGGAUUCCACAUGCCCAGGAGCAACUAAGCCCGUGUGCCACAAUUACUGACCCUGUGCCUCUAGAGCCCACGAGCCACAACUACUGUGCAUGCGUGCCACAACUACUGAAGCUGGCACACCUAGAGCCCAUGCUCCACAACAAGAGAAGCCACCACAAUGAGAAGCCAGGGCCCCACAAUGAAUAGCAGCCCCCUCUCACUGCAACUAGAGAAAGCUCACGGACAGCAACGAAGUCCCCCCUUAAAAAAAAUUAAAUUAAAAAAAAAGAAAUACCCAAAACAAAGGGUAAGUAAAAAAAAAAAAAUCAUAAAAAGUAAAUUAUUUUUUUUUAAAAAGGCACCAGGGAAGGGGCAGUGGACAGGCGGGGCCUCACCUCAGCUUGAAGACGUGCUUCUUCUUCUUGUAGUUGGCAGCGAUCUCACAGAUGGCGUGUCUCAGAGCCAGAGGCUCCUCCCCAUGGUAGGGCACCCCCAGGGCCAGGUUCUUGGCAUCCUUGUAGAAAGUCAGCUCACUGUUCCUGAGCACACAGUACAGGUUGUUCCAGGACCUGUGAAGGUACAGAUCGGCAGGUCACCUGCAGUCCUGAUAGAGCAUCUCUAUAAUCACUUCCUAUAUAGCUUUACCAUUUUUCUUAAUUACACCAAUUUUACCCUGAUCAAUAGGAACACAUUUUACGGUUAAAACAAUUGCAAAUACAAAUCAUGUGCAUGUAAUUCCACUACCAGAAGUUAACUGUUGUUAACAUUUUAUGUAUUUCCUUCUAGUCUUUUUACUAUUUACAUAAUAGCUAAAAUUGGAUUAUAUUACAUAUUCAAUUUUAUGUCCUACUUUUAAGUUUAACACUAUAUCAUGAGUAUUUCCCCAUCCUCAAAUAUUUGAAUCCUCAAGUAUUUCUUGAAAAUAAUUUUGAAUAGCUAUAUGGUAUCCUAUCAUAUAUAAAUAAUCCCUUUAUUGGUGGACCUUUUAAUACUGGAAAUUUUAUCCACAAUUUAAAUAGCAAUAUGAUAAACAUCCUUAUGCUUUCAUCUUUGCCUGUAACUCUGAUCUUACCUUGAGAUAUAUUUCUAGAAGUAGAAUCAUUGAGUCUAAGACCAACAGUGUAAACAACUUUUCAAAGCCUUUCACCACAGCCACCAGCAUAUUUGAGUCUCACUAUAGAACUAUACCGUGACCAGAGCAGGGUUUUGUUUUGGUGGUAGUGAUAUUUUGUUUUGUUGAUGAUAUAUGCCUGGUAUACUGUACUAGCACUCUUUAAAGAAAUGUAUUUGUGCAAAUCAAGGCUCAUCUCAACUGGAAUGUUUGGUGAGAACAGCAAGCUCGUGAGCUCAUGUGUGGGCUCACCUGAGCUCCUUCCCUGACAAAUGGGGAACAUGCUGCCCUUUCACAGUAACGAGUGCUGAGAAACAUUAAGCUUUUCUUCCUCCUCUUCCUCCCUUCCGCCUCCCUCUCUUUUGAGGACAGAAAGGUGGAAAACUAGCAGGGCAUGCAGGGAGGAAGGACUGGAAGGUCAGAGAGAGAUCCUGACCCGUACACAGCUGACUGCAGAGCCAUUGCACGAAGCCCAGAUCUCUGACUCCAGCUCAGGGAUCUUUCCUCUGGCCCUCACCACCUUCUCUGAGCUCGUAGCCCAAGUAAGGCCAUUGCUAAGGAGGAGCUGUUCUUGGAGUAAAUGGACUAGUGAUUGAACCUCUCUGAGACUGUUUCCCCGUCUGAAAAGGAAAAGCUCAAUAUCACAGGGUGGUUGUAAGGCUAUUAUCAGUCCUAACAUAAUGCCUGGCACAUAGUAGGUACUUUAUAAAUGCUAGUUUCCCCUUUCCUGCAGACUCUCCAUAUAACCAAUAAACGUCUUCUGGGUGGUUGGGCCCCCCAAAUUCAUUUUUGGAAUUUGAAAUAGCUUCAGCAUGUCCCCCAGGCCAGGCUCUCUCUGUAUGCUGCCAGUUGGCCCUGGAAAUGUGGCUGGCUUCAACCUUUUUUUUUUUUUUUUUUAAAGAAAUUUUAUUGAGAUAUAAUUGACAUACAAUAAAAUGCAUAAAGUGUACAAUUUGAAAUUUAUUUUCUUAUUAGUAAUGUAUAUAUGGCAAUCCCAAUCUCCCAGUUCAUCCCACCCCACCCCCCCCUCCUUCCCCCCU